GCCAGCCAGCGUAACACACCAGCUCAGCAGCCCCGCCAUGUUCGACCACAGUCCCAUCACCAGACAGGUGGUGGUUGAGUUUGGCCAUGCAGAUGAACCCAAACAGACCACAGUGCUGAAGGUGAUGAACUCUGUCCCCUCCAUCCCUGUCAUGUACACAUGGGUGCCUCUACAACAGAACUACAUGGUUGAGGAUGAGACUGUACUACACAACAUUCCUUACAUGGGAGACGAAGUCCUGGACCAAGAUGGGUCCUUCAUCGAGGAACUCAUCAAGAACUACGAUGGCAAGGUGCAUGGGGAAAGAGAGGGAGGUUUCAUUAAUGAUGAGAUCUUUGUGGAGCUGGUGAGAAACCUGUCAGAGUUGGAGGCACCAAAGUCUUCAUCGAGCUCAGAAGCAGAGAAGGCAGACAGCCAGAGUACUAAAGACAAUGAAGAAGCCUCAGAAGACACACCUGAUGACACCACUGACUCCCUUAAGGAUGCAUCUGGUACAGAUUCAGGUUCUCGGCGCCGGUUCCCAUGUGAUCAGAUCUUCGAGGCUAUCUCCUCCAUGUUUCCUGACAAAGGCUCAGCAGAGGAGCUCCGAGAAAAGUACAAGGAACUGAUCGAGCAACAGGACCCUACCAUCCUGCCGCCGGAGUGUACGCCUAAUGUUGACGGCCCCAACGCCCAGUCCGUUUCCCGCGAGCAGAGUCUCCACUCCUUCCACACGCUCUUCUGUCGUCGCUGCUACAAGUACGACUGCUUCCUCCACCCCUACCAUCCCACCCCCAGUCAGAUCAAACGCAAGAACGCAGACGCCAACAAGGAAGUGACGGAGCCUUGCGGUGCCGAGUGUUUCCUCCAUCUUGUAGAGAAGAUCGGGAAGCCAGACCCUGUGCCUAGCCCUUCCAGAAGUAAAAAGAAGGGCAGGUUCGGAGGGGGAGGGAAGGGGAAGUCUUCGGAGUCUGACAGUGGUAGUAAGAAGGAGGGGGAAGGGGACGAGGGGAGUAUGGAGGAUGACUGUAGCUCCAUGAGUCAGCCGGAGUCUACGUCUGCACAGGAUGCAGCAUCGCCAACACAAGUUCCAGCUGAUGACAGCAGUUCCGCGGACGCUGCCACCCCCAUACCGCCCCAGCCGGUGCCGCUGCCGGAAGGCUGGAACGGUGCGGACGCCUCCCUGUUUCGCGUGCUGAGGGCCGUCUACUUCAACAACUACUGUAGCAUCGCACAGCUCAUAGGGACCAAGUCCUGCAAACAGGUAUAUGAGUUUGCUCAGUGGGAAGGAUCCACCGAUGACCUAUUAGCAGAAAAGAACACAACGCCCCCUAGGAAGAAGAAAAGGAAACACAGGUUGUGGGCAGCACAUUGUCGUAAGAUACAGCUAAAGAAAGACAGCUCGUCCAGCCAUGUGUAUAACUACCAGCCAUGUGACCACCCCGGGCAGCCCUGUGACUCCUCCUGUCCCUGUAUCAUGUGUCAGAACUUCUGUGAAAAGUUCUGCCAGUGCAGUUUAGACUGUCAGAACCGUUUCCCAGGCUGCCGCUGUAAGGCCCAGUGUAACACCAAGCAGUGUCCGUGUUACCUGGCCGUGCGGGAGUGUGACCCAGACCUGUGUCUCACCUGUGGGGCUUCCUCUGAGCUAUUCCCUGUUACAGCUGACUUCAGCAGUAAUGACAAGAUCUCCUGCAAGAACGUCAGCAUCCAGAGAGGACUCAGAAAGCACCUCCUACUGGCUCCCUCCGAUGUUGCAGGCUGGGGGAUUUUCCUCAAAACAUCAGCACAGAAGAACGAGUUCAUAUCAGAGUACUGUGGAGAGAUCAUCUCACAAGAUGAAGCAGACAGACGUGGGAAGGUAUACGACAAGUACAUGUGCAGUUUUCUCUUUAACUUAAACAAUGAUUUUGUGGUGGAUGCAACAAGAAAGGGUAACAAGAUACGGUUUGCCAACCACUCGGUCAACCCAAACUGUUAUGCUAAAGUGAUGAUGGUGAACGGUGACCAUCGUAUUGGGAUCUUUGCCAAGCGGCCCAUCCAACCUGGGGAGGAGCUGUUCUUUGACUACAGGUACAGCCAGAAUGAUGCAAUGAAGUAUGUGGGCAUUGAGAGGGAGCUGGAAGUGGCAUGAGGUGUUUUUCAACACAAGAAAUUAUACACUCAGCACAACAGUUUGGAAACUUGGUUUAUCAUUUCUCCAUUGACACUUUAUCAAUUGUGAGUUACAUGUAUAUAUCAUUGGAAAACUUU